AUGGAGAACACUACCCCAGUAAUAUCAAUUGACCUGAUAUUGGAUCGACUAUCAACGAAAGAUGCUUUAAAAGCGUUAUUACAUUCAAUCUUGUUCCAUCGGCUCUUUGGGACGAUCAAACCGCAGACUAUCGAGGUCCUUGAUGUUACGAUGCCAGGGGUGAAAGAUAUGCAGACAGAGAUGCUCAUCGACGAGAAAGUCGAUGCCUUUUGGAAGGGUGUCGAGAGUGGGGCGAACAAGAGUGGACGAAUUACAGUGACAUUUUCGGAGAAGCGGCAGAAGAAGAAUUGGUUCUCUGUCGGAGAGGAGGAAGUCCCUUGGGAGAAAUGGGUGAUCAACGCAGAAGUGCGAAAUCCGAAGGCAGAACGUGAUCGACAAACGUUUAACACGACUUUAUCAACAUCCCUCUCCGAUGCGUUGUUUACUAUCCUUACGUAUACUGCAUCUGAGCGCGGACGCACAGCUGUCCCUCCUAUUACGAAUUCCUCUGGGAUCACGCCGUUCCCAUUUAAGAUUAGCGUAUGGGUUGCGGGAAAUGAAGUUAGAUGAAGCUAGCUGGUGAGGUUGUUGCUUUCUAAUUUCCUACAGGAUGCAUUUUUUGUAACUGUGAGAGACGGCUCACUCAAAGCGAAUGACUUAGCAGAUGUGUAUCAUAAUAAUACACUUUGUAUUGUGCUCAAGUGCACAUUGUAGUCUCUGACUUGCCAAUUUGUACAGCUCGAGUAUUCAAUGAGUAAU